CCAUAACACAGCCGGGAGGGAGCCAGCAAAAAGCAGCAUACCUAUUGCUUCUAGCGCACUGGGUCUGAUUCGAGAUCCUAACCAUGUUUGAACUGACUACAGUUAUUCUGGGGUUCUUUAUCCUUCUACCCUUUUUGGCAAAUGUUUUCUUUCCCUAUCUUUGGCUGGACCUGGUCUACAUCUUCUCCGCCAUAGGUACUAUGCGCCGAUGCCAUAAGCAUCUGCAAAGCAACCCUCCCAUUAUGUUACUAGAUUACUUUUUGGAGAAAGUCCAGAAACACCCAGAGAAGCCCCUGAUUCUCUUUGGAGAGGAGGUCUAUUCCUACCAAGAUAUCGACAGGCUCAGCAGUCAGGUGGCCAGAGUGCUGCGAGGCCAUGUGGGGCUGAAAGAAGGGGAAACGGUGGCUGUUUUCUUGAAGAAUGUCCCUGCCUAUGUUUGGGUCUGGAUGGGAGUGGAAAAGAUUGGCUGUACUAUGGCAUGUAUCAACUAUAACAUCCGAUCCAAGUCCCUGUUACACGUGCUCAGCUCCUGUGAAGCCAAGGUGCUACUGACAACUCCAGAUUUUCAAGCUGCCAUUGAAGAUGUCUUGCCUACUCUAAAGAAUGAAAGACUACAGGUUUUCUAUCUCAGUGAUGACUCCCCAACUGAGGGUGUGGAAGCUUUGCUGGGACAGAUCAAAUCUAGCUCAGCUGAACCGGUGCCUGUUUCCUUCCGAGCCAAUGUAUCUGUCAAAUCCAUAUCUCUGUAUAUUUUCACCUCUGGGACCACAGGGUUACCAAAAGCUGCUGUCAUCCCUCAGAGGAAGUUAUCCAUCUCAUCCCAUCUUUUCCGUAAUCGUGGGUUGCAUUCCAGUGACAUCAUCUACACCCCACUCCCACUGUACCACUCUACUGCACUUCUUAUUGGGAUUGGAGGUUGCAUUGACAUUGGAGCCACAUGUGUCUUGAGGUCUAAGUUUUCUGCUUCACAUUUUUGGAAUGACUGCAGGAGAUAUCAUGUCACUGUGAUCCAGUAUGUGGGAGAAAUGAUGCGCUACCUGUGCAAUUCACCAAAGAAGGACAAUGAACGUGACCAUCAUGUGCGAAUGGCGAUUGGUAGUGGCCUGCGAGUGGAAGUCUGGAAAGAGUUCUUGCACCGAUUUGGACAACUCCACAUCUAUGAACUCUAUGGUGCUACUGAAGCAAAUAUUGUGUUUCUUAAUUACACAGAGAAAGCUGGAGCUGUUGGAAAGAGUAACUUCGUCCUUAAGAAAAUAAUAAAGUUUGAACUUAUUAAAUAUGAUGUUGACCAGGACAAAAUUGUGAGGGACGAGAACGGGCUUUGCAUUCCAGUAGCCAUCGGGGAGGCUGGUUUACUGGUGAGCAAGAUCACAGAGGCCCAUCCAUUUGAGGGCUAUGCAGGAGGCUACCAGAAGUCAGAGAAGAAGAUUCUCCGAGAUGUCCUUAAAAAAGGAGACUGCUACUUCAACAGUGGUGACCUUCUGAUGCAAGACCAACAUGGCUUUCUCUACUUCCAGGACCGAGUAGGAGACACUUUCCGUUGGAAAGGGGAGAAUGUGGCCACUACAGAGGUUGAGAGGACUCUUGCAAUGCUGGACUUCAUUCAGGAAGUCAAUGUAUAUGGGGUAUCAGUGCCAGGGCAUGAAGGAAAGAUUGGGAUGGCAGCUGUACGGCUGAAGGAUGGGCUCUCCUUUGAUGGAAAAGGGCUGUAUGUACAUGUCAAGGAUUACAUGCCAAGCUAUGCCAUACCUCACUUUAUCCGUCUCAGGGAGUCUCUGGAGAUUACUGAAACAUUCAAACAACGUAAAGCUCAGUUGGUGAAGGAAGGAUUCGACCCUGCCUUGGUCAGCGACCCCCUGUACUUCCUAGAUGACUCAGAAAAAUGUUACAUCCCCAUGACUCAGGAGAUCUUCAGCUCCAUCACAGAGAAGAAACGGAAGCUGUGAAACAGGCUUUUGGACACAUGAUGCAAUAGCCUCCUUAGUGGCACAAGGAACCCAGAAAGAACCUCUGCCUGGGAAAGGAGGGAUUGCCAGAAAUGUAUUUCCUAUCUAUCAUUCUGUUGCACUGAUAACACUGCACAACAGAUUAUAGUUUAGGGAACUCUCUCUCUCUCUCUCUCUCUCUCUCUCUCUCUUUUGCUCUCUCACUUUCGCUCUCUCUCUCUCUCUCUCUCUCUGUGUGUGUGUCUUUAUACACAUCUGCAAUGUAUUUAUUGCAAAAUAUAUACAAGAAGCUGUAACAAGGGCCUGCUGUUUUCCAUCCUCUGCAAAAAAAAUUCCCCUCCCACCACAUGUCUAUAACCUGACAGAUGUAUUGUUCUGAAUUCCAUUUCAAAAAACAGUCCAGUUUAAAUAUCAGUUGCAAUUAAAUCAACACAUAAAACCCA